AUCACAUCACUUUAGAAAUGAAAUUCAGUUCUAUCCACGCUGUAGAACAUUCUGCCACUGAGUGCACAUUCUCUGCCUGGUCUUUCAAACGCAAACACAGCUUGAAAUCUCGCAGUCUCCUCCUUGCUACAAUAGCACACGCAGGCUACAGAUCAUCCCUGUGGAUUAAGGGUAUCCUUGGCAUGUAUAAACACAGUGUGACAGCCUGGCUCUGAUAGGGUUAAAGAUGGGUGCCACUGUUGCCCCUUAAACAAGCAAGACAACCUGUCAAGCCAACAAAAGAAAACCCAAUUUGUCUGGCCAUUGUUUGUCAGCUUUUGGGGCUGGGAAAAUGAUGCCUCUGAACAUAGACUCCACGCACUGGCUUGGCAGCAUGGAUUAAAGAGAGCCCCAUGAUCAUCGGCCAAGCAAAACACUGCCAUUUCAUAUACAGUAAGCAGUAGGAGAAUGCUAAACUCAACUGGGGUUCCCUGUCAAUAGCACCAACUAGAUCACCAGCUCCACCAAUUACCCACACCAUGGAUCUCUCUUUCAUGGCUGCACAGCUUCCUGUGAUGGGAGGAGCUUUUAUGGAUUCACCUAUUGAGGACUUUGGAACAGAAUACUCCUUAUUUAACUCAUCAGCUAAUGUGCAUGCAGCUGCGUCAGUCCAGAGCCAACCAGAAGAGCCACCUCGCUCCUCAAAUGACGCCAUUUUGUUAUGGAUUGCUAUAAUUGCCACAAUUGGUAAUAUUGUCGUUGUUGGAGUGGUGUAUGCCUUCACCUUCUAAGAAGAC